AUGAGGCCGUUCGAUCCCAAGGCGUACUACAAUCAUGGCGUCUGUAUUGAUGCCUUGGGAGAAAAGGAAGCGGCGCUCUCUAGCUUCGAGAAAGCUUUCGAUCUGCAACCGAGCUUGGCAGAUGCUGGGGCGAACGCGGCUGGCCUGCUCAUUCAAUCUGGCGAAGCCGAGCGCGCCUGCACCCUCUGUUUGCUCGCACUUGACGGGAACCCCGACUGCGCAGCCGCGUUGUACAAUCUGAACACCGCUCUGCGAAUGGCCGGGCGACCCAGGGAAGCGAUCGCCUUGUCGUGGAGAUGGAUCCGGGAACGGCUUCCCGCGGGCACCCCGAGUUACGCCUCGGCAGUUUCCUUGGAAAACCUGGCCGCUGCAUCCAGUAGCAACAGCGAAGACGGAGGUAAUCCUCGCCCUUCUGCUGUUGCAACGACGAGAGCGGAGCUGCCACGUUUUGGUGGCUCGAUAGGAGGCUUCGAAUCGGAGGUCGGAAAGAGAAUGGUCUGCGUUGAAGAUUGCUCUGCUGAAGGUUCGGCAGCCAAAGAACAAGGCGCGGACGGAGCGAGUCGUCUCACAGUUGUGUGCAUUCGGUGGGGGCCCAAGUACGGGCCGGAAUACGUGGAGAGGCUGGCGGCGGGUGUACGACGAAACUUGCUGAGGGACCACCGCUUCGUGUGCUUCACUGAUGAUGUGGAAGCGCUUAGCGAGAUGCCUGGGGUGGUGGCAAGGCCGCUCGGUUCGGCUAGGCGUGGGGAGUGGCGAGGGUGGUGGCACAAGGCGUUCCUGUUCUCGAGGGAGACGACAUUGGCUGGACGCGUUAUGUACAUCGACCUCGACACGGUCAUCGCCGACUCUUUGGAUGACAUCGCCGGCUAUGCUGGUCCUUUUGCCGUCCUUUCUGCGGAGGGGAUGGCAAACGAGCGCCGUCCAGGGGGAUUGAACAGCUCGGUCAUGUCUUGGGAUGCUGGUAGCGAAGUAAAUACCGUCCAGCCUGUGUACGAUCUGCUGAAAGAGGCAUAUGCGGUGGUGAGCUAAGUCAACCUCGUUGUCGUUGUUCCACAUUGCAAUCCGU